AUGAACACAGCGACCACAAUCGCCAUCGGAUUGUUAAUGUCCAUCCCGCUGAUCCUGAUGCAGCCGGACCCACAAACAGCCAACUGGUCGGCUCAAAUCGCACUGGAACUUCAGGAGCAGCCGGACAAGUUGGCCUAUUGUCGUUCGCUUCAGCAACAGAAUCUGCGGAUAUCGCUCCAAAACACUGGAUGUGCCGCCAUUCUGAGCAACCAGCUCGGCGUGACAGGCGAAAUGCUACUUGAGAUUCAAAAGCGCUGCUGGGCCGGAUGGGGACUCCUGGCAGGACGAUGUCGCAAGUUGGCCUAGACUUUAAGGUGCUCAAAAGGGUGAUGCGAAAUAUUCCAAACCUUGUAGCUAACUGAAAUAAAGAACACAAUGGCAGGCAG